AUGGAGUUCAACAGCAUGAUCAACCGAUUCCUUAUGAGGGAUCUUGAGUCAAAUAAGCGACGCUUGUAUAUCAAAACAUAUGCAGUCACCCCAUUGAAUGAAGAAUGUGGCCUAAUUGAAUGGGUCAAUAACCUCAGAACCCUAAGGGAUAUUGUGACAAGACUUCUCAAAGAUCGAGGCGUGUCCGUGAAUUAUUCCGAGAUACGCCGGAAUUUGGAUGAAGCAUGCUCGGAUGACUCCAAACUUUCAGUUUUCAGGGAGAAAGUAUUGAAGAAGUGUCCGCCGGUCUUACAUGAAUGGUUUGUUGAAACAUUCCCAGAGCCAGCCACAUGGUUUGCGGCUCGCCUAAAAUACACAAGAUCCAGCGCUGUGAUGUCCAUGGUUGGAUAUUCUCUGGGACUUGGUGAUAGACACGGAGAGAAUAUACUGUUUGAGGAAGAGACUGGAGGAAUUCUUCAUGUUGAUUUUAACUGCCUCUUUGACAAGGGAUUGACUUUUGACAAACCUGAACUUGUCCCGUUCCGGCUUACCCAUAAUAUGACUGAUGCGUAUGGGGCAUACGGAUACAACGGCCCUUUCCGGAAGACUUGCGAGCUCACUUUGGGUCUCCUUCGACAAAACGAAGAUUCUCUUAUGACUAUUCUCGAAACCUUCUUGCAUGAGCCCACUACAGAUUUCAUUGGAAAGAAGAAACGACAUAACCCACGCGUUCCAGAUACACCAGAGGGUGUGCUCGAACUUAUCCGUAACAAGCUCCGAGGACUUCUUCCCGGAGAAUCCGUCCCGUUAUCAGUUGGAGGACAUGUGGAUGAACUAAUUCUACAGGCAACUCAAGACAAGAAUCUUGCAGCGAUGUACAUAGGCUGGUGCCCCUUUUUCUGA